CCAAGCCAUCGAUUGUGGCCCGGCAUAUCGAUACUACCAACAUGGCCGUCGAGAAAAAUUGAAGUGAACGCAACGCCGUGUUUUUCAUUUGCCAAUAAAACAUUAACAGCUCACGGAAUAUCGUAAAGCGUGCCCGCAAACGUCGCCAAAUCUUGUUGUGUAUGUUUUUGAAAUGGUAAAGUGUGUUGUCGCGUUCGCCAAACCGAAUCCGAAACAGUAAACCAAACCCUAACCGAUUGGGGGUAAUAAACAUUGAAACCCGAGUACAUAGAUACAUAUAUCUGUCGCGCGAUAUAUAUAUAUAUACAUAGUUGCCAGAGCGAGAGAAAUCCGAAAUCUCGCGAUGGCGUCGCGCAGGCGCGCCGAACUGAAUCCCAAACUGCACAUGGACAGGCAGCCGACAGCUGCCCGCAUAACAGAUCCCUCAUUACCCGCUGGAAAGCGACGCGAGAUCGACAACGUGAUGAAGAAGGCGCGCGCCAACACCACCAACGAUUACUGGGACAAGAAGCUGAUCGAGGCCGAGGAGAAGGAUCCAAACCGAUGGCGCCACACGGGCUACAAGAAGAUGUACAUUCAGGGGGAGAGCAGCUCUGGCGAGAGCGAACGCGACGGUCGCGAAGGUCGUGAGGGUGGAGCACCGCCCUACGGUCGUUAUCCGCCCACAGGUGGACCGCCGCCCGGUCCACCGCCUCCGUCGCAGCGUUACGGACGCUCCCGUUCGCCGCACUCGCGCAGUCGGUCGCGUUUGCGGAAGUCGCCACCGCUUUCACCACCUCCGCGUCGUCGUUCACCGCCAAUGGCUAUGCACAGUGGCAUGGAUCGCCGUGGUGGACCUCGCUCGCCGCCCAUGCCACGAUCGCCCAACAAUAGCCACGAUGCCCUCAUGCGUCGACCCGGAAACGGCCACGGCGGAAGGCCCCGAUCACCGCCGGAACCCAGUGGUGGCUCGUCGUCCUCGUCGUUGCGACGCAAGCCAAACGCGUCGCGUUCUCCGCUCGGACGACGCCGGUCUCCACCGCUUCCUCCGCCCUCGUCGUCGGUAAUGGAGAAGCGAGGUCCAGUCGCCCAUAUCCUGCCGCGCUCCAAGCGACCGCCAUCGCCACCACCGAGGCACUCGAUGCGUUCGCGAUCAAACAGCUCUAUGAGCACCAGCUCCGAUGAUUCCUGCUCCCUCUGCUCACCCAGUCAUCGUCACAGAUCUCGAUCCCGCGGUCCGCGCUCGCCGCCACCCAAGCCACGUGGCCAUUAUCGUUCGGGGGCGCCUCCGCCCCCUCCGUCGGAGUCACAUGGCCGUAUCCAUGGUCGCCCCACCACUCCACCGCCCGUGCGCGGAGGUGGAGGCAGUUCGGUUUCCGCCAUGGAGAAGUAUCGCCAGGCGAAGAUGCGUCACAUCGGGCACGAACGUGUCGCCUCGUCGGAAGCCCACAUGAAGAUCGCGCGGUCCUCGCGCCAUUCGCCUCCGCCGGAAGAUCCGCGUCUUAAGCACCGCCCGCCAGAGCCACCAGAGCCGGCGUCAGCGCCAGCUGCAGCACCUACAGCACAGGCAAAAAAGAAGAAGAAGGAAAAGGAGGUGAGGCCACGCAUUAAAAUUGAAGGUGAGAAACGCAAAAAACAUCCGAGCGGGACGUCCAGUGGCACCGGAGCUAACGCGGCAAACUCCUCCUCGGACUCGGACGAUUCGAACGGCUCGGACAGCGACGAGGUUGGCACGUUGCCCACAUUCUCGGCUACUACGCGGCUGACGCUCUCGGAUCGAUUCGGCAAAAUGGCGCAGUGGAGCAUCGAUCGCAGCAACAUGGAGAACAUGCGCAUCACCAAAGACUCCGCCGGUGGGGCCCUCAAAGUGAUGAUUGAGGAGGGCCUGGAGUCGCCGCCGCGUCGCUAUUCGUAUUCGCCGGCACCGGCCGGGCACUUUCCGGAGGAGUUGGCCACCACAGCACCGUCGGGAAUGCUGUCGUGGGACGAUGUGCGCGUCCGUUACGAGUACUACAAGAGUCGUGGCUACCUAAGAGACUUGGACCUGAAGGACUAUAUCAAGUGGGAGGAGUGGUGGUAUAAAUAUCAGGAAUGGUUGAAACAGGAACGCUACUAUGAGUACUGGGAUCGCAGUCAGCAAUUGCGCAGAAGGCGCAAAAAGCUGCCGGUAACUCAGCGCUUGAAUUGAGUGCCCCCAUCAUCUGAAUCAUUUCAUUAAUUCUUUUACUUCCCCACUUCCAAUUCAGCUCAUUUACUUGACCUACUAUUCCCUUCCUUUUCGUUGUAUCUUAAUCAUUUCCCCAUCCCACCUUUCCCGUUUGUACAUUUAAAAUGUAUGAAACUGCACUUGUCAACUUAUAUUUUGAUAAUCAAUAUAAUUAAAAGCCAAGCACCCGGAGAUGUUUGGCUCUUGGCCUCUGACAUCCUGCUGUUGGUGUAGGGCUUUCAUUAACACUGAACUUUGUAAGUUUUUUUUCGAGUGCAUGUUGUUUAGCACAACACACCCAUCAUAUACUUGUAAACGCAUUAAACAACAGUCGGUUCAUAAA